AUGGAAGGCCGGGCGGACGGCCUCAAAAAUGGCUUCAGCUUUCUCGAGAACUUGUCGGUAAGAUUUUUGUUCAUCUGUUUGAAAUUUAGGUACCUAAAAGGCUCGUAAAUCCUUUUCGGAGAAGGAUUGUAGCUUGCAUUAUCAUUUCAGACCAAUUGAAAUGAUAAUCGACAAAUUUUUCAACCGUUUUUUCUCAUAUCCAUAACUAGGGUCAAGUAUAACAUAGAAAUUGUUUUAGAAAAUCACCUACCACUGUUUCAACGAAAAACUAAAGCCAAUCAGACUUCAUGCAUUUCUUGACGAUCUUAUUACAAUCAAAGGAGUUGAUCUCAUUCGUGCUGUUGCUAUAAAAGAAGGCUUGGAUCCGGAUCGAAUAUUAUUCAGUGAACUUUACGACAAAACCGAGCAAAAGGUGGAGGAAUUUGAAGGGAAUCAGAUUAUCAUGUCCGGUGCUGAGGUGUUCUUGGUGUUUGACCAGAGUGGAGUAGGUUUUUUUGCAUUGUUCAUCUGAUUUUAGGUACCUAUUUUAGAAAAUUCUUUGUGAGGUCAUAAUCUCUGUUGUUGUUCCAGAAAAUUCUUCCGCGUUCUGAGGAAUUCACAGAGGUACCUCCAGAGCUAGAAGGAGACAGUCUUGCAGAGAUUUUGAAGGAGUCCAAAGACUAUCAUGUUCUAAUGGAGAAGAUCGUUGAAGGUGGAUAUUUGAGUCAACCCGAGCUGAAAGAAGUCACCAAAUUUGUUGCUCAGCGACUGCAGAAUUUCGUAUUCACUCGUCCAGCUAAUCGAACCGAGCGUUCCGCCUGGCUCAAACAUCUUUUUAUUCCUUAUCCCAAAUUCGACAUGGUACGUUGCUUUGCCCAUUAUUUUUUCACCUUUUAGAGGCAAUUAUUAUUCCGGACUGGUCCGCAUCCGCACAAGUUCGAUGCGUUCUUGUUCAACACAUUCUUCAACGCGAAAACUAAACGUCGGAGGAUCUUCAAAAAGUUCAGCGAGACGGGUGAAGGCAUUCCCCAGUAG